CCUCGGUCCUGUUCUUUCUUAGACUCCAUCUCGACGCCGGCCGUUUCGUCGCCUCGUCUAGAUUUGAGGACACCAUGCCAUUUACGACCGAUAUUGGCGGUUCUGCCUGCCGCCGGAAUGGAUCAGCACUCUCCGAGGGGCGAUGCUGGGCCAUCUCCGGGCAUAGCGGUCAAGGGAGACGAGACAAGUAGCGACAGCCGCGUAUGGGCUAGAUGGAUCAUCGUGCCCCUUCAUUCGUUAGGGAACACACGACGUGCGGUAGUAAAGCAGGACGUGGGAGGUCUCAAGGGUUCCCUUGUCAAAGCAAGUGCAGUCAAGAUACUGCGCAGUCUCAGACAAAUCAGGGACGAAGUCGGGUUUGCGUCGUGGUGCCAGUCUCCAAGUGGGACAUGUCGCUGCGGCCCGGCUGUGUGCCGCGCAACCUGCCUCAAUGGCAACUCUAUCAAAUCACAGGCUUCGACGGCCUUGUCCCGAAGCUCCGUAUGCCCCCAGGCUUUUCAUGACAAAACAGAGCUUGUUCCGUCCCUUCGAGACUUGACCGACACUGGAUGGAGCUGACGAUGUGGGCCGAACAAUAGUAUGGACGCUUCUAACAAAUGGGAGGGUGUGGUAGGUAAUUACGAGUAGUAUGGCCCAAAGGGUAGUCGGCUAUUUGAGACAACUCAAUCUACACUUGAAGCGGC